AUGCUCCGAUCGUUUGAGCAUGCUCAGUGAUUGCAGGGCACUUUUGUCGAAAAAGCAACAUCGAUAGAUAGAGGGAAAGCCAUGGAGCGUAAGAAGAACCGCUGGAGCUGGGCAAACCUCCUUUUUACCCUGCUGCUGACUCUGACCUUCGAGCUCGCCCUGCCACUCGCCCAGAACAGAACCCUCCGCUUUGUUACCUUGUUAUAUCGCCAUGGAGAUCGCUCCCCAGUGAAGGCAUACCCUCAAGAUCCCCAUCAGGAAAGUGCCUGGCCCCAGGGAUUUGGACAACUUUCUCAGAAAGGGAUGCAGCAACAGUGGGAACUAGGCCAAGUCCUUCGAAGGCGUUACAAUGGAUUCUUGAAUGCCUCAUACAAUAGACAAGAGAUCUUCAUACGCAGCACAGAUUUUGAUCGAACCCUGAUGAGUGCUGAAGCCAAUCUGGCAGGACUUUACCCCCCAGAAGGGCAGCAGGUGUUCAACCCCAAUGUUUCUUGGCAACCCAUCCCUGUCCACACAGUACCUGACUCUGUGGAGCAGCUCCUGAAGUUUCCAUUAUCUCCCUGUCCCCGGUAUGAGCAGCUGCAAAAUGAGACUCGACAGACAGAAGAAUAUCGAAAUAGAACCAUCCAAAAUAUGGAAUUCCUAGAGAUGGUGGCAAAUAUGACAGGAGUCCAGGAUGUUUCCCUUGAGUCUGUUUGGAGUAUAUAUGACACACUUUUCUGUGAGAAAACACACGAAAUGCAUCUUCCAGCUUGGGUAACUCCUAACGUGAUGAAACAGCUGAAGCAGCUAAAAGAUUUCAGCUUUUCUUUUCUUUUUGGGAUUCACAGACGGGUGGAGAAAGCUCGUCUGCAGGGUGGGGUCCUUCUUUCUCAAAUAAGGAAAAAUCUCAUGCUAGCAACAAAUGUGUCUGCACCCAACCACUUUAAAAUGUUUAUGUACUCAGCACAUGACACCACUCUUGUGGCACUGCAGAUGGCUCUGGAUGUUUUCAAUGGGAAACAAGCACCAUAUGCCUCUUGUCAUAUAUUUGAGCUGUACCAGGAGGAUGAUGGUAACUAUUCAGUGGAGAUGUUCUUUCGGAAUGAGAGUGGGAAGGAGCCAUACCAAUUGGAACUGCCUGGCUGUGAACAGCGUUGCCCUCUGCCGAAAUUCCUGCAACUUACAGAACCAGUUAUUGCACAGAAUUGGAAACAGGAAUGUCAGAUAGCAAAUCCUGCAAAAGACACAGAAGUUAUUGUGGUUUUGGCUGUCUGUGGAUCCAUUCUCUUCCUACUCAUUGUUCUGAUCCUGACAAUACUCUUCCGCGUCAAGUCUCGGCCUCUUGGCUACCGGCACGUUACCAGUGAAGUAGAGGAACAGCCUUGACAAUUGCUCCAGCCCCUCCUGAGGCAGCAAGAGGAAGCAAUGCUGACUACAGAGACAAGAGGGGCUUCUUUCAGUGACUAAGUGUCUUAAUGGUUUAUCUCGAUUGCUAAACCAAAAAGCCCAGAUUUGAUAACAGAGCUUUUGUGAUGUCUCCACCACUAGUUCAGAAAGGAUAUGCUUUCCAAUUGAAGUCUGCUGCACCUCAAGUCUGAGUAGUUGCCACUGGUACUUCUCUUCCUAACUACAAGAGACCUAAUUCUGAAUCAACAAAAACUGGCAUAUCCAAUUCCACUGGGGAAAACGUAUUCCUCUCAGGCUGGAAUCCUAACACACCUACUAAGGAUUAAGCCCAAUUUAACACAAUGGGACUUAGGGUUGUAAAUAUGCAGAUGGUUAUGCUGUUAAGUAUUUUGCAUUCAAUUAAAUGGGCAUAGGAUUGUGCUGUGAAGAACUCUGCUCUUGGCAAAGAUCCUUAUAGAGCAAGAAGAUGGAUACUGGACCAAAAGUUCACACUGUCUACCCAUCUAUUACAAGGGAAAAAUUAGUUGCUAUGUAUUAUUCCACUUUCCAUUUCUUACUGGCUACAAAAACUCCAUAAUAUUGGAAUAUAGUACAUUUUCCUCCAUUUUCAACACCUCAUCUGAAUAUAGUCUUAGAAAGCAGUGCAGCCUUAUUUUUAGUAGACAAGAGGGCCCUUACAGCUUUUUACUGUGGAAUUUUGAUGUGUGUCUCAGCUGUGAUCUAGGUAGUGAUUUUUCAGAGCCAUUCAUUACUUACUCUGUGAUGCAUCAUGUACAAUAUUCUGGACCAGCAGAGAUUCAUAAAGAAAAUGCUACUUUAAAGAAAGUCAACUUUUAAACUUGUAUGGUUGCAAAAGAAAAAGUGUAUGGGCACUGUCCAGGAACUGUUGUCAUUCUAAACAAAAGAACAGAAGUUAUGAGUUAAAUUAUUCUAGAGGAUCAUACAGCUGUAGCCUCAACAUGACAAUCCAAACUUCCCAGUAUGUGUACCUUAUAUUUAGUUCAGAAGACAUUCUAUACAGCUAAGAACUAAAUUCCACAUACAUAUUUUUCUUAUGCAUGUAUGCGGAGGAAAAGUGUUGUGUGUGCUUUCACAUGUUGUAUUUGGUAUACAUACAUCUAUUCUAACCAGGGAAGAAGUUCAAAGGUAUGCAAAGGAUAUCCGUAUUUCUUGGAUAAAAAACAGUUCUGGCCCUCACCACAGAGAAAAUAGUGCCUUGUCCAGUCUUCAGUCCCAUAACAGUCCUGGGUGUGUCUUUCACCCCUAAACAACAGCUUAUCCAACCUCUCCACAAACUUAAAGACAAAUUCAGGCUUACAGAACUAUGGCAUAAUUGUCCUGAGAUCCAGCAUAUUCUCCUAUCAACAAACAGGCUCUCUCUACUAAAAAGCUGUUCUAAUAUCUCCCUUCACCUAAAGGAAGUCCUCAAAGUAGGAACUCCUGGUAAAAAAUUUUUCUGUAGCUCUCCUCCAUCUCUGCCUCCACCCUCAUGGCCCCCCAGGCACAGGCAAGUUUGAUUUUUGCCCUCACUCAGUGUUCAGCCCACAAAUUAGUUUUCAGCACUAGGACAGAAUCCAGAGAACACAAUCUCCCCAUCUUUAAAAGAAAUCCACUCUGUAUUUCCCACUUUACUUCUUUCACUUGCAUUAGGCAUAUUCUUAAAAAUAAAUAAAAGAGACUUCUUAAAAAGGAUAAGAGAUGCUCAGUAAGACAUUUAGUUUGCUCCAUUUUCACUUGAAACAAGAAAGAGGGAAGCAAGCUAUCUGUGGACUGGGAGAGGAGGAAUUGGCUUGUUAAUGGAAAAGCAUUAAGGAAAAAGAAAUAUCAAAAUGGCACUGAAACAUACUGCCCUCUCCCUCCCCUCACUCUAUGGAUCUGGGAGCAUCAGGGAGCUGGGGGCUUCAUUUGGCACCAUCAUGUGUGAGCUGCACACACACACUGGCUUCAAUACAAGCUCAGUAUAAUUUGGACAGGCAUCUUGUCCCUCACUACAUUAUCCCCGCCCACUGUAGCAUUUGUUGAUACUGUUGUACUUUCUGCACUACAGCAUCUGAUGAGAGAUUCAAAAGUGCUCUGAGUCCUCACCAGAUAAUUUACAUUUCACCAAGUACAAUACACAAUAUGGUUCUACCAAAAGAUUGGCAAACUCAGCUUGAAGCUGUCCACAUUUUUUCCUUUACUGAUCACCAUGAUGUGGCUCCUGCAGGACAGGAUGCAAGCACAGAGCCAGUGAAAACCCAGAAGAGUAACUAUGGCAAAUAGAUCAACUGCAACAUGUUAAUUUCCUGCAGGGUUGGUAGCAAAAUGAAGGACAGUUGUCUGCUUUGGUACACACUGGCAAAAUAGAUUUCUACUGUUUUUGAAUCUUUGAAUGAUGUUUCUGUAAUUCACUUGGAUCACUUUCUUAGGUGUUUUUCAUUAAAAAUUAAGGUGGGACUGGACUUCUGCCCCUUUUUUUCUCUGUACAGGUUUCAUAGCUGGAUGUGAGUGUGCAUGCCUAACUAAUAGUAAUAACAGUCACAGAAAUAAAGUAUUGGAACUCCUUCCAUUCCUCA